UUGUGUCGACUAAGUUGAGUGUCGACGGAAUUAGUUAAAAUGGCUAGUCGAGCUACGAGUGUUGUUCGUCAAGUGAAACCAAUUUUAUCUAUUAAUCGAGAAGAUGCGCGUCGAAAGGUGCUUACAUUGUACAAAGCAUGGAUCCGUCAAGUACCAAUCUCAAUGUUAACUUAUGAUAUUCCCAAAAAUGAAGUAGACUGUAAACAAAAGAUACGUGAGGAGUUUAAACGUCAUGCUCAUCUUACUGAUUUACGGAUUAUAGACAAACUUAUUAUAAAGGGUCAAAUGGAGUUGCAAGAAGUAGCUAAUAUGUGGAAACCUACAGGAGGACUUAUGCAUUAUUGGAAAGAAACUUGGGAAAAAAAGCCAACUGAUUUCAUGUCAAAAUUUCUCAGUGGCCGGGAUUAAUUUAUUCUGCUAUUAGUUUACGAGAUGUAUCAUAGAAACAUGUGAUUGUAUAAAAAAAAACAAA